AUGGAGGACUAUGGUACAGGAGCUUAUGCUGAUAACUCAGAAAAUAUUAGCAAGACAGACGGUAAAAUUGCAGAAGCGCAAAAGAUUCCCGGUAGCUUACAAGAUCUGGCAGCGAAGGAAGAAGCUUUCGCGUUACCUCCAAUGGCGGCCGCGGAUCUGGUAAUGAACAAGAAAACCCUAGUUUUGGACAUGGAUGAUACACUGCUACAUGCGAGCUUUCAUCCCGACCAAAGAUUCGACUUUGCCGUAGAAUUUCAAGCCGAGGGAAAAGCCAGGAAAUGCUACGUGUUGAAGAGGCCCGGAGUCGAAAAUUUGUUGCAGGAAUUGUCAGGGUUAUACGAAAUAGUAAUCUUUACGGCCGGCGGAUCGCUGUAUGCAAAUGCCUUACUGGAUGCGCUCGAUCCGCAGGGCAAAAUAGAGCACCGUCUAACCAGAGAGAAUUGCACAGAGCUGCCAGGAAUUCCUGCUAUUUUUGUGAAAGCUCUUUCAAAGCUCGGAAGAGAUCUGAAAAAGCUCAUAUUUGUGGACGACAAGCCGUUCCAGAGCUUCCAGUCUGAAAAUGCUUAUCCGAUCUCGCCAUUCGUUGAUGACGUCAGCGACACGGAGCUGUUCGGCCUCGUGGACUUCUGCAAACGGGUCGCGGCAUCCACGUCGGACGUGAGAGAUGAGCUCCGGCAAGUCGCGCAUGCCAUGUCAGCGUCUUGUACAGGGUAUUUAUCCGACGUGGACAACAGUGGAAAAAAAACGUUAAUUCUAGGGUUGGAAGGAGUGCUUUUGUAUUCCACGUUGGAACACCCGCCACGUCAUGAUUUUACGGUGGACGUUUAUUAUAACCUGUUUUGGAAGAGGACCCGUUACGUUCUGUUAAGGCCGGGGGUGGACAGGCUGGUUGCUGAGCUGGCAAAGCUUUUCGAAAUUGUGAUGUUUUCUUCUGAUGACGAGGGCUUCGUCGAUGAUGUGUUGUACAGGUUGGAUCCUAGUCACACUGUGUUUCCUCGUUGUCUCCGCCUGUUCAAACGUGAUUAUAUGUUGUUGCAUGGGCGGGACUGUAGAGAUCUUUCGGAGCUUGGCAGGGACUUGAGCCAGGUCAUCUUUGUCGACGUGGCACCUCAGGGUUGUUUUCAAACCCCAAAUUUGUACCCCGUUUCUGAGUUUAAAGACGACAUGAAUGACAAAACGUUGUUUGAAUUAACUGAGUUUUGUAAACGGGUUGCCCAUUCCAAGUCGGAUGUAAGGGCGGAGAUUUUGUUUCAUUUUCGUCCGCCGCCGUCGGCCACGCCAGCUGGGUGGGCCGAAUGUGUGAGUCGAAGUACAGGUACAAAGUAUUACUACAAUGUGGUGACUAAGCAGACCACGUGGCAAAAACCCCCUAUAUUGAUGUCUAAAAAGGAAUAUGAUGCGUUGUGGGAGGAAUUCACCAGCCGCGAUGGUAAAAAUUAUUAUUACAACAAAAUUACCGGGGAAUCGCAAUGGAAUGCUCCCCCGCAGAGUGUUGACUCGACGGAUGCUUCCACGAGCGAUUUUAAAGACGAUGCUGAGCUGGAUGGGAGUAUGAUGACGUCGUCUUCCACGUCGGAUGAUUUUAACCUUGAAAGUUCAAAUUAUGAUAGUAAUUAA